AUGGGCCACGCUCACCUACACCAGCAGCAGCACCAGAAGCGCGACUUUUGGGACAAUGUCGGUAGCCUCGUCGAUGAGCUCCCGAAGUCGCAAUUUGGCGACAAAAUCCAAAGAGCCGAAACAUAUGUCCGCACAGUCUACAAGACAAUGUCGCCUACCUUCACUGGCGAAAUUGGCGGCUAUUCAACGCAGGGUGAGGAUAGCCCGCAGCAGACUGAGCAGCCUGCCGCUACCAGCAACGAACCGGCAACUCAAACCCCAGCCGCGGCAUCUGCCCAGGACCCCGAGCCCACUACCAGCGACGCGCCCAACUCAAUUACUUCUGUCGAGGCUACCUCUCUUGGCUCUACUUUAGCAGUCGCCGAACCGUCGAGCACUCCGGCGACUCACGAGACCAAAAUGUCGAGCUCCCUUUCACUGCCAGCACCCACAUCGACAGCCGCGGGUUCCACAGCCGCACCAUCCAGCAGCAGUUCCGCCGAUCAAGGCACCAGCCCUGGCGCCAAGGCGGGUAUUGCUUUUGGUGUUCUCGGCGGUGUCUUGCUUGUUGGCCUGAUUGUCUUCAUGAUCUUCAAGCGCCGCAAGAGAGCUGUCCAGCGACUCAGUGGCGACAACGAAAAGCUCAACGUUGGAGGUGAUAACCUCGCCCGUAUGCCCAGCCGCUCUGAUCCCAGGGCCCCUCGCAUCAGCCUUCGCCCUGUUACACAGUUCCUGCCUAACUGGAACCUCGACAAAAACGCACCGCGUGGUGCCGCUAACCUCGCCCCGGCGGCCGCCAACCAGUGGGAUCGCCCCGGAACCAGCCAGAGCAACCACCCUAAUAACCCCUUUGGCAGCGGUGCUGAGCGCAUCAACAACCCCGAUGGCCCUGCUCGCGACCCAUUCACUGCGAAUGGCCCUAUCGUUGGUGCUGCUGCUGCUGGGGCCGUUGGCGCCGCAGCUCUCACCAGAAAGACAUCCAUGCGCAAGGCGAACCAGAGAGACCUUGACCUGACUGUUCCUGGUACUCUCGAUACCGUUCCUCCCAGUCCUGCCGGCACCGAAUUCAGCACUUCUUCGAUGCCCGUUGGUGCUCCCCACCCUCCUUCCCAGAGCGCGGCCGCCAUUGCCGCUGCUGGCGGCCCUCCUAGCUCUGCUGUCCACCGAGUCCAGCUCGACUUCAAGCCUACUCUCGAAGAUGAGAUGGAGCUCAACGCCGGCGACCUGGUUCGUCUCCUCCACGAAUACGAUGAUGGCUGGGCUCUCUGCAUUCGUCUCGACCGAUCGCAGCAGGGUGUUGUUCCCCGCACCUGCUUGUCUACUCGUCCGGUAAAGCCCCGGCCUCCUCAGGGUGCGGCUCGACCUGGACCUCCCAUCAACCCCCAGGGCGGCUACCCUCGCGGCCCCAACCCACCUGGCCGCCCAAUGACUCCCCAGGGAAGACCAAUGACCCCUCAGGGCCGCCCCAUGACUCCCCAGGGCCAGCGUCCCCCGCAAGGCAUGGGCCCCAGACCCGUUGGACCGAUGAGCCCAGGAACUCGCCCUCAGUCUCCCGGACCUCGCCCCCAGUCUCCUGGGCCUCGCCAACAAGGACCUCCAGGCGGUCGUCCGCAGAGCCCCAACGGCAUGAGCCCCCGUCCGACGGGAGCUCCCGGCCCCAGUCCGAUGAAUCCAGCACCUUCAUCUCCGAACCAAGCUCCUCAGAGGAAACCAGUCCCCGGUCAGGCAUACUGA